CGCCCAACAAAUUCACAAACGCCAACAACACACAAACACACACUUCCCCUGUGUUGAUUUCUUCUGCAUUUCACAUUUUUCACCCACAAACAACAAUGGCAGCAGCCACCGCAGCAACCGCCACUUUCGCCGUCUCAAAGCUCGUCGCCUCCUCCUCCCCCAAACUCAAGCAGCCGCUAUCCUUCCUCUCCACGCGCAGAAAUACCAGCUCGCUCUUCUCAUCCUCUUUCGCCUCUUCCCCUCUCCGCCGCCCUCAGUCGCUCAGAUUCUCCACCGCCCCCAAAAUAUCCGCCAUCAUCUCCGUCGGAGACAAGCUCCCCGACGCCACCCUAUCCUACCUCGACUCCGCCGACGAGCUCCAGACCGUCUCCGUCGCCGAAUUCACCUCCAACAAAAAGACCAUCCUCAUCGCCGUUCCCGGCGCGUUCACACCCACGUGCUCGCAGAAACACCUCCCAGGGUUUGUGGAGAAGGCAGCGGAGUUUAAGGCCAAGGGCGUCGACGCCAUCGCUUGCAUCUCCGUCAACGAUGCAUUCGUGAUGAAGGCGUGGAAGGAGAAUCUGAAAGUUGGGGAUGAGGUUCUGCUGUUGAGCGACGGAAAUGGCGAUUUCACUAGGGCAAUCGGAUGCGAGCUGGAUUUGAGCGACAAGCCUAUUGGCCUUGGAGUUAGGUCGAGGAGGUACGCGAUCUACGCCGAAGAUGGAGUUGUGAAAACCUUGAAUCUGGAGGAAGGCGGCGCUUUCAAUGUUAGCAGCGCCGAGGAUUUGCUCAAGGCCAUCUAAGACUGUUGAGAAUCGAAGAGGAACUCGGUUCAAAAGUAGGAUAUGCAGGAGCCAUCUUCCGUGCAUCCGUUGAACCUUCGUGUUUUUGAAUAAUGUAGUACUUUGUUUUCGUUUAACAAGGCUGAGCAUGUUAAGCUCGUUUUUGUACUGAUGAUUUGCCUCUCAAAAGUUGAACCUGUUAGUGAUAUUAUUGAUUGGAUUGAGUUUUAGUGAUUA